CAUAGUCAACUCUUCUAACCAUUAAAUCAAUUAUAUCCAUUCUUACACCCAAUUUCCCGGGCAAGAAUCUCUCUCUUUCCAUGUAUAAAAUAUAUAUACACAUACACAUAUUUGCACUAUACAUCGUCUCCAUAACUCACGAAUCUUCUCUCUUUCUCUUCUCUCAAACGAACAUCACCAUGAAUCAAGAAUACGAUAACAUAACUCCAAUACCAAAAGCUUCAUUAUUGUUAAUGGAGAAUGAUCUAUGCAAGAGAGAAUCAGAGAUCUCAAGAAGCUCAUCGGUGGGAGUUUCUUCUAGAUUGUUCUAUUACUAUCAUCAUCGUAGUCUCAAUGAAGGAGUUCCUUUUAAGUGGGAGAUGCAGCCGGGAACACCGAUCAACCCUCCGCCGGAAGAAAACGUUCGUCCGAUUACUCCUCCUCCGGCGUUUCUCAGCCUUGGUUUCCCUGAACCCUCAGUCUCAGUCGUCGGAAAUUCUAAUAAACAUUCUCUAUUUCCGGCGAAUAUUAAGCUUUGGAGAUGGAAGAAUCUUCGAAAGAGAUAUUUCUCUAGAUGGUCGAGCCAAAGCAUGCUUAAUAAAGCAUCUCUUAUAUACACAUUCGCACGUAUGAUCCAUCAGAUAAUAAUAAUGCUCGUGACGGUAAUUCAAAUUCUUGUGAUGACUUGGAGAGAUUCGAGGGGUUUAAUGACUACAGGUCGAGCUCAUCUUCUUCUUCGUCGUCUUCCUCGAAAGAUCGGAGAUUGAUAAAGGCGUCACCACGGCAAUGGUUUAGGGGUUCUCCAUCUCGGAAUUCAAGAAACAAUCUUUUCUAAAAUGAUUGUUUUGUACCAGAUUAAUAGUUAGCAACAGGAAGCAAAUCAAAAAUUAGUAUCAGAAUUUGACUAAAUCUAAAGUUAUCCGAAUAUUGGAUAAACAUUUCAUAUUCUUCUGCCUUAUUUAAUUUUUAUCUAUCAAGUUUGAAAUUAUAAAUAACAUUUUUAUUAAAUUCUACAGAAUAGUACUAUUAGGUGUAGUUUCAUGAUUGUAUUUUAUUUUGAAUGAAGAAAUGGCAAAAUUAUUUUUCAAC